AUGUUAUGUGAUAUUUCUCCCUCUCUGUCUGACUUUGACUCCAGGAUUCCUGAGCAGCCAAGCCUGACCCGCCCCUGGAGCUGCCUGGGCUGUCUGCAGCCACCCUCUCCAAAUACCCCCGGAAUCCCAGCCCACGUUCUGUCUCCUGGGAAACCUUCCAGCCCAAGACCAUCCACAGAGAUCCUGGAAAAAUCACACGCGCCCUGGAUAGAUACCCAAGAGGAAAAGAGAAAAAACGGCAAGCACAGCGGGGCGUCCAACUCCAUCCGCUCAGCACCUCUGAGCAAAGUCAGCUGUCUUAAGAAAAGUGCACAGAAAAAGUUGCUUCCACGUCGCAGCUGUUGUAAAUAG